AUUCUAUUCAAUUCUCUCUCUCUCUGUCUCAUAUUGUCUCCUCUGUUUCUCUUUGUGAGAGAAAGAGUAGUGUGUUUUUAAUUAUCAUAUUCCCUCUCUUUCUCUCUCUAACACACACCAUAUAUAUACACAAUACAUAUAUUUAUAUAUAUUCAUACAUAUUUGUUGUAACACAUCUGUGUUCAUCGUGCGAAGGAAGCGUUGCUCGUCUCUGACUCGAAGAUCUUCCGCGUUCUCUUCUUUCGACAAAGCAUGGUUUUUGAAGAUUGAGAGUUUUGAUUACGAAGAUGAAGAGGGAUAGAGAUGAUAUGUACAUGGCUUCUCAACUCAAACGCCCCAUCGUCUCCUCUCGCGCCGAACCCUCUGGGCAAUCCCAGAUGAUGGGUGGAGCAAGCACACAGAAACUAACUACCAAUGAUGCAUUGGCAUAUCUGAAGGCAGUUAAGGACAUAUUUCAAGAUAAAAGGGAUAAAUAUGAUGAGUUUCUUGAAGUUAUGAAAGGUUUCAAGGCUCAAAGAAUUGACACAGCCGGUGUCAUUUUGAGAGUGAAAGACUUAUUUAAAGGGCAUCGAGACCUAAUUUUGGGUUUCAAUGCAUUUUUGCCAAAGGGCUAUGAGAUCACCCUUCCACCUGAGGUUGAACCUCCUCCAGUUAAGAAGCCUGUUGAAUUUGAAGAAGCAAUCAAUUUUGUUAACAAAAUUAAGACAAGGUUUCAAAGUGAUGAUCAUGUGUAUAAAGCUUUUCUUGAUAUUUUGAAUAUGUAUCGAAAGGAAAACAAAUCCAUUACGGAGGUCUACCAGGAGGUUUCUGCUCUUUUAAGUGAUCACCAUGACCUGCUUGUUGAGUUCACAAAUUUUCUGCCUGAUACUUCAGCAGCAGCAUCUCUUCCUUAUGCUCCGUCUGGUAGGAAUUCUAUCUUCCGCCGUGAUGAUAGGAGCUUGCCAUUGCCCGCUAUAAGGCAUAUGCAUGUUGACAAGAAGCCCAUCGUGUCACAUGUUGACCGUGACCUUAGUGUUGACCGGCCGGAUCUAGACCAUGAUAAAGCACUGCUGAGAGCUGACAAAGAGCAGCGAAGGCGUGGUGAAAAAGAAAAGGAGAGAAGGGAACGGGAGCGGGAUGAUAGAGACUUUGAGCAUGCUGGAAUGCAGCGUCUCUCAUAUAAACGGAAAUCUGCUUGUACGAUUGAAGACUCUGUUGCUGACCAAUUACACCAGGGUGGGGAAGGUGCUGAAUUUGCAAUGCACCCUGGUUCCUCCUUUUUUGAUGAUAAAACUGCCUUGAAAAGUAUAUACAGCCAAGAGUUUGCCUUUUGUGAGAAAGUGAAGGACAGGUUACGUAAUUCUGAUGUUUACCAGGAAUUUUUGAAUUGCCUUGAUAUUUAUAGCAAAGAAAUAGUUACACGAUCAGAAUUGCAAACUCUGGUUGGUGAUUUACUUGGGAGAUAUGCAGACCUAAUGGAGGGGUUCAGUGAAUUUUUGGCACGCUGUGAAAAGAUCGAUGGUUUUCUUGCUGUUGCCGGUGCUAUGAGUAAAAGAUCCUUGUGGAAUGAAGGAAAAUUAUCCAGACCACUGAAACUAGAGGAAAGGGAUAGAGAUCGGAAUCAUGAGAGGGAUGAUAGGGAUAAAGAUAGAGAUCGUGAAAACAGAGAAAGGGAUCGAUCUGGUAUUAAAGAUGUAGCAAGCCACAAGAUGCCUCUACUUCCAACCAAGGAAAAGUAUAUGUUGAAACCCAUUCAAGAACUUGAUCUCUCUAACUGUGAGCGAUGCACUCCCAGUUAUCGACUUCUGCCAGCGAAUUAUCCAAUCCCUUCAGCAAGCCAGAGAACUGAUAUUGGGGCUGAAGUAUUGAAUGAUCAUUGGGUGUCUGUUACUUCUGGAAGUGAGGAUUACUCUUUUAAACACAUGCGCAAAAACCAGUAUGAAGAAAGUUUGUUUCGAUGUGAAGAUGACAGGUUUGAACUGGACAUGUUGUUAGAAUCUGUUAAUGUGACAACAAAGCGCGUAGAAGAACUAUUGGACAAGAUCAAUGAUAAUACAAUUAAAACAGAUAGUCCUAUUCAUAUUGAGGACCAUUUUACAGCUCUGAAUCUAAGGUGCAUUGAACGCUUAUAUGGUGACCAUGGCCUUGAUGUGAUGGAUGUAUUGAGGAAGAAUGCACCUCUUGCGCUGCCAGUUAUAUUGACUCGCUUGAAGCAGAAACAAGAGGAGUGGGCCAAAUGCCGUUCUGAUUUUAAUAAAGUUUGGGCUGAAAUCUAUGCCAAGAAUUAUCACAAAUCACUUGAUCAUCGUAGCUUUUACUUCAAGCAGCAGGACACAAAGAGCUUGAGCACAAAAGCGUUAUCGGUCGAGAUCAAAGAAAUCAGUGAACAGAAGUGCAAGGAGGAUGAUGUGUUGCUUGCUAUUGCUGCUGCAAAUAAACGACCGAUUAUUCCACAUAUGGAAUUUGAAUAUCCUGAUUCAGACAUCCAUGAAGACCUUUACCAGCUCAUCAAAUAUUCCUGUGGUGAAAUUUGUACAAGUGAACAGCUGGAUAAAGUUAUGAAGAUUUGGACAACCUUCCUGGAACCGAUUAUUGGGGUUCCUUGUCGGCCUCAGGGGGCAGAGGACACAGAAGAUGUUGUAAAGGCUAAAAAUCAAAUUUCACAGAGUGGUGCAGCUAGUGUUGGAGAAAGUAAUGGCAGUCCAGUUGGUGGUGCAACUGUCAUUACUACCAAGGAUUCAAAUCCUUCCAAAAAUGGAGAUGAAAGUAAUCCACCUGAGCAAUUAAGUUCCUGUCAAGCUGGGUUGGUAACUGGUGGUAAUGGGAUGAAGGAAGAUGGUCUUCAGGAUGUAGAUCAUAAUGCACGUAAAAGUGAUGUUUUAUGCAACAUCCCUCGACUUGGAAAGGUUCAGAGUACUGCUACUGUGGCUGAUGAAACAUCUGGGGUACAAGUUAAUUCCAGUGAGCCGUUAGCCAACUCAAAGGCAUCCCCAGCUGCUGGAGAAGAUGACUAUCAUGGCAGGGCGAACACAGAAAACACAUCAGGGCUUGGUGCUACUCCUACGAGACAUGGCAAUGCUACUGUUGAGGGUGUGGCUGAAAUGGGUCCAAUUGAUGAAAUUUUACCUUCAUUGGAGGGUGGUUGUACAAGGCCAGUUUCAUCUUCAAAUGAGGUGAUUGGGCACUUCAAAAUUGAAAGAGAGGAGGGUGAAUUAUCUCCAAAUGGAGAUUUUGAGGAUAAUUUUGCAGCAUAUGGAGAUGCUGAGGUGGAGGCUGCAUGUAAAUCCAAGGAUAAUGCUGCAGGAGGGCAUUUACAAACUGGGCAAAGAGGACAAAAUGAUGCUGAUGCUGAUGAUGAAGGUGAGGAAAGUGCUCAGAGGUCAUCAGAGGAAAGUGAGAAUGCUUCUGAGAAUGGUGGUGUGUCAGCAAGUGAGUCUGCUGACGGUGAAGAUUGCUUCCGUGAGGAGCAUGAAGAAGAUGGAGACCAUGAUGAGAAUGAUAACAAGGCUGAAAGUGAAGGUGAGGCUGAGGGGAUGGCUGAUGCCCAUGAUGUCGAAGGGGAUGGCACAUUGUUGCCAUUCUCAGAGCGGUUUCUACAAACUGUGAAGCCUCUUACGAAGCGUGUUCCUCUGGGAUUACAUGACAAAGAGAAGGAUUCCCGUGUUUUUUAUGGAAAUGAUUCCUUCUAUGUGCUUUUUAGGCUUCAUCAAACACUGUAUGAGAGAAUACAAUCAGCGAAGAUCAAUUCUUCAUCUGCUGAAAGGAAGUGGAGGGGUUCAACUGAUGCAAAUCCGACGGAUCUGUAUGCGAGAUUUAUCAGUGCACUUUACAAUUUACUUGACGGUUCCUCUGAUAAUACAAAAUUUGAGGAUGAUUGUCGAGCUAUUAUUGGAACUCAGUCUUAUGUCCUCUUCACCUUAGACAAGCUGAUAUAUAAACUUGCCAAACAGCUUCAAACGGUUGCAAGUGAAGAGAUGGACAACAAACUUCUCCAACUAUAUGCAUAUGAAAAUUCAAGAAAACCUGGAAGAUUUGUUGAUGUAGUUUAUCAUGAAAAUGCCCGUGUUCUUCUUCAUGAUGAGAACAUAUAUCGGAUUGAAUGUUCAUCUGGGCCAACUCGUUUGUCAAUACAGCUUAUGGAAUAUGGUCAUGAUAAGCCUGAAGUAACUGCAGUUUCGAUGGACCCUAAUUUUGCGGGUUAUCUGUAUAAUGACUUACUGACACUUGUUCCUGACAAAAAGGAGAAGUCCGGGAUUUUCUUGAGAAGAAAUAAACGCAAAUAUGAAUCUGGAGAUGAAUUUUCUGUUGCAUUCCAAACCCUAGAGGAACUCCGAGUUGUGAAUGGUCUUGAGUGCAAGAUAGCUUGCAAUUCAUCGAAGGUCUCAUAUGUUUUAGACACAGAAGACUUCUUGUUCCGGACAAGAAGAAAAAGAAGAACUUUGAGUAAUGGUACUUCGUGCAACGGUUUUGCAUCGUCUUCAAACGGUUUUGCAUUGUCUUCAAACGGUUGUCUAUCCAGAGUAGAACGGUUUCACAGAAUGCUUUCUGGUUCAUAAUGUGCUUUUCUGCGACAGCUUGAGAGUAGAUAUGUAGCCCGGGGUCAGAUGCUUUUGAAAUGAGGUGCUGGAAAUGGAAUAAUUGCCGGUGCCACAGGAGCUUUGGAGGAAUUAUGGUUCAUGUAGUUAUGCAUUUCUGUCACCAAUUCAAUAAAAAAAAAAAGAAGAGGAAAUAGGUACAAAAGAUUAUAUAGCAUAUAGUGUUAAGCUCUCUGUCGCAUUUCUUCGCCCCCCCCCCCCCCCCUUUCCCCCCCAAAAAAAAAAAAAUCCUGUAAAUAGUUUUAAUUUGCAAUUUAAAAUGGACCAUCAUUUUAAUUUUAUUCAUUGACCUUUUCUUUUUUUCUCUCUUUAUUCCCCCUAUGUUGCUCUUUUGUGUUGACUUGAGUUGGCCUUAUUAAUUCAUCUUGUUGGCUGUGAUGCGGUUUUA